AUGACUGAUGUGCAUAUCAAGUUUAAAGACUCCACAACAAGUCAUUCAGUAGUUACUGCUCAGAAAGGAAACCAUUACACAAUAUGGGCACAUAGCAGCCAUAACAACCAUGACACAAAAUGGGCACAUAGCAGCCAUGACAACCAUGACACAAAAUGGGCACAUAGCAGCCAUGACAACCAUGACACAAAAUGGGCACAUAGCAGCCAUGACAACCAUGAGACAAAAUGGGCACAUAGCAGCCAUGACAACCAUGACAUAAAAUGGGCACAUAGCAGCCAUGACAACCAUGAGACAAAAUGGGCACAUAGCAGCCAUGACAACCAUGAGACAAAAUGGGCACAUAACAGCCAUGACAACCAUGAGACAAAAUGGGCACAUAGCAGCCAUGACAACCAUGAGACAAAAUGGGCACAUAUCAGCCAUGACAACCAUGAGACAAAAUGGGCACAUAUCAGCCAUGACAACCAUGAGACAAAAUGGGCACAUAGCAGCCAUGACAACCAUGACACAAAAUGGGCACAUAUCAGCCAUGACAACCAUGAGACAAAAUGGGCACAUAGCAGCCAUGACAACCAUGACACAAAAUGGGCACAUAGCAGCCAUGACAACCAUGACAUAAAAUGGGCACAUAGCAGCCAUGACAACCAUGACACAAAAUGGGCACAUAGCAACCAUGACAACCAUGACACAAAAUGGGCACACAGCAGCCAUGACAACCAUGACACAAAAUGGGCACAUAGCAGCCAUGACAACCAUGACACAAAAUGGGCACAUAGCAGCCAUGACAACCAUGACACAAAAUGGGCACAUAGCAGCCAUGACAACCAUGACACAAAAUGGGCACAUAGCAGCCAUGACAACCAUGACACAAAAUGGGCACAUAGCAGCCAUGACAACCAUGACACAAAAUGGGCACAUAGCAGCCAUGACAACCAAGACACAAGAUGGGCACAUAGCAGCCAUGACAACCAUGACACAAAAUUGGGAACAAAGCAGCCAUGA